AUUUAACUACCCAUGCUAUUGAAGUUUGUCUGGACAGUAUGUACUAGUAUCAGGAGAGAGAGAGAGAGAGAGGGAAAAGGGGGACGGGAAUUAUGAUUAUGUGUUCGAUGAUGUGUUCACGGGCCAGCACUGCCAUCCGAUCAACAUGGGAACGGGAGGGAAGGAUUGCUUGCUCUAUUUCUAGAUGCUUCUUCCCUUCGUGUUUUGUUAGGAUAAAUGUGGACAGUCUAUUGCACGCGGGACGGCGAAUAUCGAUUUUAUUUAUCUGUCCAGAAGGGAAGGAGAUAGGUACGGAGGCAACGAGAAUCCAGAUCAGGGGCAACUGCACGAGGCCCUCAGAUCCAUGACAGGACCGUUCUCGACACUAGACCGGACAGUCUCCAUAAGCCAAGUCCCUCUGCUGGCUUCUGACUGGUUAUUAAUCCAAGACUUGACUCAGUCUGGUCUCGGAUUUGUCGGCAUUUUCCGUAGCGAUCAACCGCACUAUCAGAGCCAGAAAAGAGAUGGUUUCCUAGGACUGAGUAAAAUAAAAUGGUGCCAGUUGGGCGCCCCGGUGU